UCCUUUCUCCUCUCUCUCCGACUCGACGCCCAGCUCCGCCACCGCCGCGCCAGCCGGCCACCGGCGACCCCGACCCACCGCGCGGCAGCUCCCCGCUCUUCUCCUCCCUCCCUCCCGGCGCUCGCGUUUCUCCGCCGCGCGUCUGCCUGCGGCGGCGGCUGGCGGCGGCGAUGGGGUCCAUGACGAUCGGCGCCAAGUACAAGACCACGCUCAAGGACCCCGGCACCACCGGCGUCCUCCGCAUGAACGAGGAUAAGUUCACAUUCACUCCUAAUGACCCGCGGUCGGCGAUGAAGCUCAAUGUUGAUUUCCGGAGCAUCAAAGGUCACAAGUUCAACAAAGUAGAUGGUAACAAACCAGCACCACCAUUACUGAAUCUUUCAAAAGACUCCGACAAGGGUGGAGGCUACAUAUUUGAGUUUGAGAAUGUUACUAGCCGUGAUCUAUCUCGUGACUUUGUAGCUAGAGUUUUAGGUAAACAACAAGGUACAAUACCGCCCCCUGAAAAUUCAGUUACUUCAACUGAUCCAGAACAGCUUAGUGCUGCAGAAAUGCAACGACGCAUGAAAUUGCUGCAUGAAGAUAGUGAAUUGCAGAAGUUACAUAGAAAGCUUGUUAUUGGCAAUAUCCUGCAAGAAUCUGAAUUUUGGGCAACAAGAAAGAAUUUACUUGAUGAUGAAGCAAAUAAAGGGUCAAAACAAAGGCCAGGUUUCAAAAGUGCAAUGCUAGCUGAUGUUAGACCAUCGGCUGAUGGUCGGACAAAUAAGGUUACGUUCAGUCUCACCACCGAGAUAAUUCAUCAGAUAUUUGCAGAGAAACCAGCUGUCCAUCGAGCCUUUUUAAAUUUUGUUCCAAAAAAGAUGUCAGAAAAGGAUUUUUGGACAAAAUAUUUUAGAGCUGAAUAUCUUCUUAGGACGAAAAAUACAGUGGCAGCAGCUGCUGAGGCUGCUGAAGAUGAAGAAUUGGCCGUCUUCCUGAAGAAUGAUGAUAUACUAGCAAAGGAGGCAAGGUUGAAGAUAAAACGAGUUGACCCAACAUUAGACAUGGAGGCAGAUGCAGGAGAUGACUACAUCCAUCUUCCGGACCAUGGGAUUAUCCGUGAUGGCAGCAAAGAGACAAUUGAAAAUGAUGGUGAAUUGGCCAGGAGAACACUUUCACAGGAUCUGAAUCGACAUGCAGCUGUUGUGCUUGAAGGAAGAUCUUCAGACGUGGAAUUAACCGAUACAAAGACUGUUGCUGAAGCACUUGCAAGGUCCAAGCGAGAACCACCUCCUAGUUCUAUUUCUGAUGAUACUAGUCAUGAGAGAUUGGUAAAGGUGGCCCGCAUGACUGAGAUAGAGGAUCUGCAAGCUCCACGAAGUGUUCCUUAUGCACCACUUUGUAUAAAGGAUCCUCGAGAAUAUUUUGAUUCCCAACAAGCAAAUGCUCUGAGAUCUUUGGGUGGCAACAAUGAUGGAAGACAUGCUCGUAAUUGUAGACUGAGUGCACAUGAUGCAUUUGAUCAUUUGUUGGGUCAAAUAUCUUCUAUAAAAGUUAAUGGAUUGAACUAUCCAGUUGUUCAGUCAGAUGUGGCUUUUAAGGUUCUGAAUGAAUUGAAUGAUGGAAUUUCACGGACAAGAAGACUUAAUCUUAAGAAUCCUCAAGAUAGUCUGCUUGGUCAAAUCCCUCGACAUACACGAGAUGAACUUAUGGAUCACUGGACAGCUAUCCAGGAAUUAUUGCGGCAUUUUUGGUCAUCAUAUCCAAUAACAACUUCAGUUCUUUAUAAUAAGGUUCAAAGAAUUAAGGAUGCAAUGACACAAAUAUAUCAAAAGUUGCAGAAUAUAAAGGAAUCAGCGCAACCUGAUGUGAGGCAUGAAAUAUCUCAACUAGUAAAGCCCAUGACCCAGGCUUUGGAUGCUGCCUUCAACCAUGAGUUGGAGCAGCAGCAAAAAUCAUCGAAGUCUGGGAAUAAGCCCAAUGGGUUUUAACUUGUAAGCCGAGAAGACUAGCUUCGCCGACGGAUUAGGAAUUGAUUUACUGCUAGAGCAAGAGGGUUACUUGCAGUUCUGGAAGGGGUCACCUCCUUGAGCCUUGAUUCUCAUGUAUAAUACACCUGAGCUUUAUUAGUGGUAUGCAUAAUCAUACUGAACGCCCCAA